GCAGCCCGGGCGGCCGCCGCCGCGCCGGAGCCAAGGAACUCGCCACCCACCGACGCCGGCUCGGCUUCCUCUAGCCCGGGCGCCGCGCGCGGACCGGGCAGCCGUCUGCGCCCGCCGAGCUCCACGGUGGGGGAAAAAAAAAAAAAAGAGGGUGUAAACGUGACAGAAUAAGACAUUUCCUCAGAUUUGCAUCAAGAUGGAAACCUUCUGCUUCAGGGUGUCCUUUUGGGUGGCCCUGUUGGGAUGCGUAAUCAGUGAUAACCCUGAGAGCCACAGCACAAAUCUGAGCACUCACGUGGACGAUUUCACCACAUUUCGUGGGACAGAAUUCAGUUUGGUGGUUACCACUCAUCGACCCACGAAUCUGGCCCUCCCCAUCAAUGGCUCCAUGCACAACUACUGCCCACAGCAGACCAAGAUUACUUCAGCUUUCAAAUACAUUAACACUGUGAUAUCGUGUACUAUUUUCAUCGUGGGAAUGGUGGGGAAUGCAACACUGCUCAGGAUCAUUUACCAGAACAAGUGCAUGAGGAACGGCCCCAACGCGCUGAUAGCCAGCCUUGCCCUUGGAGACCUCAUCUAUGUGGUCAUUGAUCUCCCUAUCAAUGUAUUUAAGCUGCUGGCUGGGCGCUGGCCCUUUGAGAACCAUGACUUUGGAGUAUUUCUCUGCAAGUUGUUCCCCUUUUUGCAGAAGUCCUCAGUGGGGAUCACCGUCCUCAAUCUCUGCGCUCUCAGUGUUGACAGGUACAGAGCAGUUGCCUCCUGGAGUCGUGUUCAGGGAAUCGGGAUUCCAUUGGUCACAGCCAUUGAGAUUGUCUCCAUCUGGAUCCUUUCUUUUAUCCUGGCCAUCCCUGAAGCAAUCGGCUUUGUCAUGGUGCCCUUUGAAUACAAGGGCGAAGAGCACAAAACCUGUAUGCUCAAUGCCACGUCAAAAUUCAUGGAGUUCUAUCAAGACGUAAAAGACUGGUGGCUGUUCGGGUUCUACUUCUGCAUGCCCUUGGUGUGUACUGCCAUCUUCUACACUCUCAUGACUUGUGAGAUGUUAAACAGAAGAAACGGAAGCCUGAGAAUUGCCCUCAGUGAACACCUGAAACAGCGUCGAGAGGUGGCAAAAACAGUGUUCUGCCUGGUUGUAAUUUUCGCUCUGUGCUGGUUCCCUCUUCAUUUAAGCCGUAUUUUGAAGAAAACCGUGUAUGAUGAGAUGGACAAGAACCGAUGUGAAUUACUUAGUUUCCUGCUCCUCAUGGACUAUAUUGGUAUUAACUUGGCAACCAUGAACUCAUGUAUAAACCCAAUAGCUCUAUAUUUUGUGAGCAAGAAAUUUAAAAAUUGUUUCCAGUCUUGCCUCUGCUGCUGCUGUUACCAGUCCAAAAGUCUGAUGACCUCGGUCCCCAUGAAUGGAACAAGCAUCCAGUGGAAGAACCAUGAACAAAACAACCAUAACACUGAGAGGAGCAGCCACAAGGACAGUAUAAACUAAAUCUCUAAAGGAACAUUCAUCCAUGUAUUUCAAACCUUAUUGGAGGGGGAAAAAAAUCACACAGCAACUGUGUCUCUGGAAAUCUCUCCUUCCAUCCUUCUCCCAUGAUCGGUCCCAGCUCCAGAAAAAUACUUUCCAAAACAAAGAAGGUUGACUGGCUUAUACCUACAAAUUCAACAAAUCUUAUUAUUUCUUUGAUGUAUCUAAUUUACAUACUCUGCAUGUUAUAUUCAGCCCUAAAACAGUGGUGAUGGUGGAUGUCAGCAAGGGGAAGGGAGAUUAUUCAGUUAAACCAGAAGAUUAUUUACUACCGUUGCAUGAAAAUAGAGUUUUUGAGUACAUGGCUAGCUUUACAUGGUGGUUCUGUAGAAUGUUCAAUAAGAACUGGUCACCAUGAAAAGCUUGGAAAUUAUGACAAGGUUUACUAUUUUUUAAAGUAAUUUUGGUUCUUUGGCCAAACA